AUCGGGUCAUCGACCUGGUCCCUCCGGGUCAACCCGAGAAGCGGCAAUUUGCACCCGACAGAGGCGUAUCUCAUCGCCCCGCCGAUCAAAACCCUAUCAGAUUCUGCUUUCGUUGCGCACUAUGCUCCCAAGGAACAUUCUCUGGAGGUCAGAGCACCCAUCCCGUCCGAUUUCUUCCCCAGGAAUCUGCUCCCCGAGGGUUCGUUCAUGGUCGGGAUCGCGUCGAUUUUCUGGCGGGAGGCGUGGAAGUACGGGGAGCGGGCGUUUUGCUACUGUAACCACGACGUUAGUCAUGCGAUCGCCGCGAUCUCCAUUGCCGUCGCUGAGCUCGGGUGGGAUGUGAAGUUGCUAGAUGGGUUAGGGUUUGAGGAGCUGGAGAGGCUCAUGGGGCUUCACCCUUAUCAGGACUUCCCAAUUCCUUAUAAACCAACGAAAGGCAGGAUUCCGAGUAUUGAGUUCGAGCAUCCGGAUUGCGUGCUUCUCGUCUUCCCUGGUGAGCUCUGUGACUUGAAUGUGAACAAUCAGCAACUGUGCGCUGCAGCUUGAGAUUUGAUAGGUUGGAUUGGAAGGGAAACCCGAAUUCGCUGAGUAAGGCGCAUGUGUGUUGGAAUGUCAUUUACAGAACGGCUGAGGCUGUUAAGAAGCAGUCAUCAUUGUCAUCGCUUGAAGAAGCUGGAUUCUCCAAUAUUGAACCAGUUCAAGGGAGUGGAGUUUUCAGUGCAAGUUCCUACAAGGGGUUUACGGUGAAAGAAAUUGUUAGGAAGAGGAGGAGUGCAGUUGACAUGGAUGGGGUUACUGAGGUGGACAAGAACACAUUUUAACAGAUCAUGUUACACUGUCUGCCUUCUGGCUCUGGAAGCGGAGGGAAGCAGCAGCGGCAGAAGAAGCAAUUGGCGUUGCCAUUUCGUGCUCUCUCGUGGGAUGCCGAGGUGCACGCAGCGUUGUUCGUUCAUCGGGUGGACGGGUUGCCAAAGGGGCUGUAUUUCCUGGUGAGAAAUGAGGAUCAUUUGGAUGAGCUGAAGAAAGCCACUAGACCCGACUUCAAGUGGGAGAAACCAGAGGGACGUUCUGAUGAUUUGCCCUUGUACGAACUUGGUAGAGGAGAUUGCCAGCAGAUUUCCAAAGCACUUUCCUGCCAUCAGGAUAUUGCCAGCGAUGGCUGCUUUAGCCUUGGAAUGGUGGCUCGUUUUGAGCCUGCAUUGCGAGACAAGGUCCACGAGCUACUCGGAUUAAGAGGGUCUAGAUUCCAGAGUCUGUAUCAUUUCACUGUUGGAGGUCCUGUUUUGGACAUGCGAAUUAUGAGUCUUCCAGCUUAUCCUGGACCUGAUAUGGAUGCAUGACAGACGAAAUCAUUCAUUCGAUCACAGUUUUUUAUCGGCAUUAAUAUUGUAUUAUGUUACGCAGAAGACUUCGU